UCCAACGUUAGCACUUGCACAAUAUAAUAGAGAUUGAGACAUAGCCGAGAACCGAAUACCUUAUUUCGCAGAGUUUCAUUACCCCUGUCCUUUAUUUUAUUGGAGUGAUCAUAAACAAUGGCAGACACACAAGUACAUUCGGUUAAGGAUAUCUCCCCGAAGGACCUGAAGGAGAAUAAACUAUUUGAGGAGGAGAAUUACAAAACAGCCACUAAUGGAAAGGAGAAUGAGGAAAAUGGCGACCCAGAGAUAGAUGAUGAAGAUGAUGAUGAAGUGAAAGAGGAGGAUGAUGACAUAGAAGGGGAUGAUGAUGAGGAUGACGACGAGCUUGUUGGAGCCACCAAACGACCAGCCGACGACAGCGAUGAGGAUGACGAGGAUGAUGUCGAAACCAAGAAGCAGAAAACCGACGAUGACAAUUGAGAAGUUGUCCCAUCCUGCCGAAGCACUUCGAAUUCCUCUCUUUGACCAUCAUGUCAGGGGGGGGUUAGAGGACUCUGUAAAAAAAUACAAUUAGCAAGUGGAAUUCAACAACAUCCACGUACCAACCAACCUGCAAAUUAUCUCAAGGAAACCACCACAAUGAUGCAGACUCAAAGGCUCUAGCCUCUCAAUGAAAUAUACAAAAAUAUUUGUUUGUAUUUUUAUUUACAUUUUAUAUUUUUGUACAAUAUGUUAGGAGAUUGGUCUCAACAGUGAUCUCCUCUGACCAAAUCAGUGCUUCUUUAUGAAAGAUUUUAAUUAGUUGACCAAGUUAUGGUAUCUUCAACUCAAAUCACACGUCGCCGUUGAACUCGGAGCAUUCCAGUAAAUAUUAUGUAUGUACUUUAGUUGUACCAUAACUAAUUUUUUUGUUUGUAUGAUGGGAGGGAAGGCCAAAGAAAAGGAGCCUCUUUUUAUUUUGUUUUGUCAGCGACUUUUUGUUUAUGAUGGCCUGUUUCAAUUGUAUGUGUGAAGUUUGUUGUUCGACAAUAAACCGGACUUAUAUUUUGUGAGUUA